AGAGCUUCUUUUUUAAUAUUCCAGCGCUGUGUCCCUCGUCCACCAAAACUUCAUCGACGACAAUCGUCAUCGUAUCCCUCCAACACCGCCCAACAUGUCGCGCUCCCCGAUGGACGAGUAUGUGGAGAGGAUGCGCGCAAUGGUGCGCCAGAACCGAGGUGGAUUUCCCGGCGGUCGCCCACCUGCAGGAUCCGGUAUGGCUGUCGCUGCUUUCGCCCUACUCGGUGGAGGUGCUAUUCUCUUGCAGAACUCCCUUUUCAACGUCGACGGUGGCCACAGAGCUAUUAAGUACCGAAGAAUAAGUGGUGUUAGCAAGGAGAUCUACAGUGAAGGAACUCACUUAAUGAUCCCCUGGUUCGAAACCCCGAUCACCUACGACGUCCGAGCGAAGCCGAGAAACGUGUCCUCUCUUACCGGUACCAAGGAUUUGCAGAUGGUUAACAUCACAUGUCGUGUGCUUUCUCGACCAGAGGUCAACUCCCUUCCACAAAUCUACAGAACACUAGGACAAGAUUACGAUGAGCGGGUGUUACCCUCCAUUGUAAAUGAGGUGCUGAAGAGUGUGGUGGCGCAGUUCAAUGCCAGUCAGUUGAUUACACAGCGAGAUAUGGUUGCUCGAUUAGUUCGAGAUAACCUGUCGAGGCGUGCUGCGAGAUUCAAUAUCUUAUUGGAUGAUGUUUCCCUUACGCAUCUCGCCUUCUCUCCAGAAUUCACAGCUGCUGUUGAAGCGAAACAAGUAGCACAGCAAGAGGCUCAACGAGCAGCUUUCGUCGUCGACAAGGCCAGACAGGAGAAGCAAGCCAUGGUUGUCAAGGCACAGGGUGAAGCACGAUCAGCAGAACUUAUCGGAGAGGCUAUCAAAAAGAAUAAGGCUUAUGUUGAGUUGAAGAAGAUCGAGAACGCAAGAGCCAUCGCUGCUCAACUACAAGAGUCUGGUGGUAGAAACAGACUACUACUUGAUGCGGAAGGUCUAGGACUAAACGUGUUUAGCGAUGAUCGCAAGCAAUGAUGAUGAGGUGUUAGGAAGUACAAAAAUCCCCACUGUAUGUUUAGGAAAAACUAAUCAUUGUAAAAUUACCCGCGUACCAAUCUCUGCCAACUAUGUUGUCACUCCCGU